AUGUCCAGCUCAUCUAUCUCCCGCACUACGAAACUUGUCAAAGUUGCUAGGAUCGAGAAUGAUAUCCGCAAACUUGAGCGCAGCCUGUACGCAGCCGGUGCUACUGUGCCAUUCCCACGAGACGCUCUACAGUGGAGCAAGCACAAGAAUCGGAAAGACGUACCUUCUUACGAGGCGGAUCUCAUCGCUAGGCUUGUUCUGAUUGACGACCUUUUGAAGUCGACACAAGAGCAUGGGCGUACUUCCACAGACGUUCAUUUCGAUCCUCACUUACACGAUACGCCAUUCUUCCGCCCAUGCCCGAGUUCCGCUCAUGGCCGCACUGAUGACCGCGGUCGUUCUCACUACCACCCACGCCCCAAAGAACGGCGCGAUCAGGAUCACUAUCGUCGUCAUUCUCCGGGACGCGGGUUCACCGAACACCGCCCUACUGGGGAUAGUUACAGGCCAAGUAGACAUCGUUCACGCUAUAGCAGAGGCAGAGAUGGUGAUGACGAGGGAAGGCGUCGAGCACGCUCUCCAAGCAGACAUCGUUCGCGCUAUGGCAGAGGCAGAGAUGAUGAUGACGAGGGAGGGCGUCGAGCACGCUCUCCAAGCAGACAUCGACCACCCCGCAGCGAGGGAUAUGAUGGUGGUGGUGGAAGACACCGAAGCCGCUCUCCGAUCCGACCACACGAUGGUGGUAGAGGGUAUCGAGCCCGCUCCCCAAGCAAAUAUCGUCCACAGCACCAGGUCGGGGAACAAGGAGACCGCACCCCAAGCGAGUUGUCCCGCACGCCAUACCACGUCGAGGAUCAUGGCGGCGGCCAAAGUAACGAAGUCCGUCGGCAAGACGUGCGGACAUGGCCGAUCAUAUCCUCGAAGGUCACGGUGAUCUCUUCUAACGCUAUGCUUUUAUCUGUCUAUACUGCAACAUCCUGGAUCUCGGAUCUCUAG